AUGAAGGAUGCUUUCUGGGACUUACUGCCUCUUGUCCUGGCCAACCUGCAUGACGAAUAUCAUUCUCUUUGCAUGUGCUCGCGAGUGAGCAAGGCAUUCUCUGCAAAUGCAGCAUGCAUGCUGUACUCGAGAGUGGUUUUCAGCCCGGCGCCAGCUGGCGUCACUCUUAGUUUACGACGCGAUAAAGAUGAAUUCACGCGAUCUAGCGUCUUCAACUCCGCACGUUUGCCAAAGAACGCUUCUUAUGUCCGGACAUUGGAAAUCUCAGGUAAUCUUCAGACGCGACCUCCUCCAUUCUAUGAGCUGGAAAGAGUACUGAGUGACGCUUUCCCGCUGUUCGUGAACCUGGAGGAAGUGUUUUUCUUACCGUCGGCAUUCCAUGUGGACGUUUUCUGCGGUGCCCUGGUAACUCUGCCCAACAUGAGAAAUCUCCGGAGACUUUCUGUCAACUCCUCAUGCACGAAGGAGACUUAUGUCGCAUCCCUAGUGAAGAUAACGGGCUUGCAUUACCUGACGAUUCAGGACCCCUCGCGUGCCGUGCUCCAGGAACUACCCGAGUGGUUGCGCAGUAUGCAGGGCACUCUUACUGAGCUGCAUUUGACGGGCAACUGUGGAUCCGUCACCCCGGGCGUACUGCGCAUGAUUCUCCCCCACAUCAGGCUGAUCACAUCGUUCUCUCUCGGUGUCUCAUUCUCGUUGGCAAGCAGCGACGUAUUCGCGACAUUGGGCGGACUGAAAGAGCUGGUAUCAGUGCAAUUGCAUUAUUAUUUGCAACUUCGUCUUCCGGACGGGGCGUUGCAGCUACCACAGUUGAAGACGCUGAUAGUUCAACACGUCGCUCUCUCGGACCAAUCUAACUUCGACAAGCUUGACGAAUACAUCACUCGCCUCGUCAGUUCGACGGUCUCUCUUAAAACGCUCUCAAUAAGCUAUGAUCACGAUUACAUGGACUACGAAACCUGCGACGAACCGCAUCACGAUGUAUUAGUCGAAUAUCUCGCGGAAAAUCAUACAAGCCUCCAACAUCUACAUAUUUGCAGCGGGUCUUUUGACUUCUAUGACCCAUUGGCAAAGGACAUGCUCGAACGCUGCGAGGCUCUCGAGUCUCUGGCGGUGUGGGUUGACUUCAGAGAUCUGGAUAUGUUUCCCAGUAUGCUGGAGCCACUAAGAUAUCUUCGUGAAUUGCGCAUCAAGGUUGUGCCUGAUGCAGAUUUGUCAGACGAUGAUGAGAGGCCAUACUCCGAGGAGACAAUUGCACUCGGUAUCGCUCGCGGAGUGCCGCAAAUUCACUGCUUACAGGUGAACACUAAUCACUGGCAUGCGAACCGCACCAUUUCGACCGAGGUUGAGUUGGAAUCGGUGGAGAAGAGGGUGCUUCCGUGGCGAAGACAGUAG